CAUAGUGAGCAAUCAGUCGAAACUGUUACAACUCGGUGGAGCAAUGAAGCGUUUUAAACCCAUCGAGGACCAACGGCUGCUGGCUGAAUUGAAUGCCGAAUUAGUGCAAAUUAAGACUAAACUCAUCCAAAUCGACGGCGCCCUCGACCAAGUGCUGUUGAUUAGAACGGACAACACACUGUUGUGUUACAAGUUCAAUCGAAGUGCAAAAUUAUGGAGCUAUUUGUGGAAAAAGGAGGCAUUUUUCACCGCUUCCGGUGGCUUGGAAAAGAACCCAUGGUUGGUCAGUGCAGAUGGAUUUGUUGUGACAAGAAUGGAAACCGGAAUUCAUAUCUACAAGUUCGAUAAGAACCUUGCAUUGAAUCAUCUGGUUACAGAUGGACGGUAUCAUGAUGCUUACGGGUGGAGCCAGCCGGACCACGUUUUGCUUAUCGGCUACUUUUACGCCGAUCCAAGUAAGAUCGGUAUCUGCAGUCGAAAUGGAGAAGGAAAGAUUUCUUUCGAGGCGGUUAUCAAAGAAGAAGCAUUGAAGCGGUCUCAAUUGCCAAUAUGGAAGAUGGACACUGAUCCUAACGUACCGGCGAUGUGGAAUAAAUUGCAAACGGACAUCUCACUGGCCUAUGUUGAUUCAUCACCUCAACAAGCGUUCGUGUCAAGAACUUCGGAUGAGCUGAGCGUUUUCAAGUUCGGGAAGAAUCAUUUGGUGGAGAAAAUUCUUACAUUUUCCCUGCCGUUUUCUUCAAAGGAAGGUGACAACGUGUUCUUCGGCAAGUUUUCGUCUGAAAAGCGAAUGAUCAACAAUGUAUUACAUAUGAACGAGACAGGAUUGACAGGAUACCGAUAUGACUCAUCAACUCAGAAGCUGGAACCCAUCAUGUAUGCCGCACAGUUUGCUGGAAAACUAGGGUGGACACCAUCGCAAGUAGAAACGAUUGUUUUCGAGGACAUCGAUGGUGAUGGGUUAGAUGAAAUGUUAUUUUGUAGUCCCUCGGGUUUCAAUGUGAUUAAGAUAUCAUCGGAAGAAAUUUUAGCAGAGAUUGUUUUGAGUGAAAAAGAUUUUGAAAUAUCUAAUAGACAUGUAAAGGCAUUCGUAGUACCGAAAGUGUUACAAGGUGUGCAACAGAUUGUAUCAGUAAGUGAAAAAGGUUUAAUGUCUUUCAAACUGCAACUGCUAUCGGAUGUUCCAGCUGAUUUCGCACCAUCCGAGUCUGAAAAAGAGAUAGUUGAAACUUCAAUUCCUUUGCUGUCACAAUCAUUGAAAUAUCGAUCCGUUCUGCCUCUACACGAUCAACUCGAUUUUACAGGCUUCAUAUAUCCAAGAAAUCCGUUACUUGGAACACUUGACUUCUCUGUUCCGCUCGUUGAAAUUCCCAAUUCGUUUGGCAUUACAAUGUCACAGGCCAUCAAAUUUAAAGAGUAUGGUGCAUCUGAUGUUCUUGGGCCUGGAUGGUCGCUACCAGUUGACUGCAUAUACAUUGACCGCCAAGGAAGUAUAUACUCAAUAGAUCAUAAUUACUAUCUGGUCAAAAGUGGGAUGCAAUCUCAGUUGUACCCAAAGUUUGAAGGCUCUCGAACGAAUGAUCUUUCGUUUACAUUGAAUGGAUCUCCUAAUGUGGAAAUCAAAUUUUACAAAUCACAGAAUAAGUGGGAAGUCAAAACUAAACAUGAACUGUACUCCUACGGUACUAUGCAGAAUGUUGACUGGCUUCAAUGGGAACCGGGUUCAGAAGAAUGGCCAGUAGUUUCUAACACUACAGCUCCUGUCAAAGCAAAGCCAUUCACAUGGUUUCUUUCCAAAAGAGAAGACAAUCAUGGAAACUAUUUGAAAUUUGUGUAUGCACCGGAGUACGGAAAGCUCUCUACUGGUGUACCAUACGUUCAAAAAUUAGAUCUGCUGAAAAUCACCAGUAGCAACGGCGAUUCAGUUCGUUUCAGCUAUGACCUUGAGCACAACAAUAAGCUUCUGACAAACAUUCAUACACGAACAGCUAGCUACACUCAAAACAUUCAAUUCCAAUAUUCUGUCAUUGAAAAAUCACCGCGUUUAACUUCAAUAUCUCAACGAGGCAUCCCAGUGCUACAAUUUAGAUACAAAGGUCCCAAAAGUGAAAUGACUGAAAUAGUUUAUCCAAAUGGAUUAAUUUCAAAAUUUUCGUAUAGCUUCGUUACAUUUCCUACUAUACGAUCAGCAAACAAAUUUGAUUUCUUUUCGGAUGUACAGAUCGUCUAUGGUCCAAACUAUUUGUUGGUUGGUGGAAAAACCGAAGUUGGACAAGUCCGUAUUAAGGCACGCGAUGUUGUUGGAUCAGAGACCACACAGAUGUCCGGGUUGUUGUUCCCUGCUCUUGGAAAAGAACCGGUCUCCAGAUUCCAGAUUCUCACUGCAGAACAGUUCUUCGUUGUCGUGUUGGAUCACGAAAAUCACAAAGAAGUUUGUUUGUUUCGACAGGAAUCUAAUGGUUGGUCGUCAGAUGCUUCUUAUAUGAAACUAUCCAAGGAUAGCACACUACAGAUGGGAAAGUCGUUCGUUCUGGUGAGAAAUGAUAAAAAGUUAGCAGUUUUACAAUAUAGCGGAAAACGGUGGGAUAUCAAACCGGUAGUGAAAAACAUUGCCAACGGUGAUAUUAUUCAAGCAUUCUCCUAUGCGUAUGUGGUUUACAAUGACUUGAGCUUGUCCAUUGGAUUUCAGAGUGAUGAUGGGACAUGGAACAUUAGAAAUGUAUCAAUAGGUGCGAAUCUGGUGAGGUCCAGUUUGCUCGUCUUCGAUCAAUUUCAAACGGAUCAAAAGACCAUCGACAAUCUGAAGAAUGCCUUCAAGGAAGGAAUUUUGCACAUUCACCACAAUGCAGUUAUAAUAAGAACGCUGAGCCUUGAAGGUAAUAAAAUCUACCUGCGACUUCAUUUCAAAAUAUUCAACAAUGCGUACGAGUUGUUCAAUGAUGAAACUAUUUCUAUUCUUGUGGAAGAUCUCGAUCAAUACUUGCUGGAACUUCCUUCAAUGGAUGAUAACUUCUUCAAGAUUGGCUACAAAUUAGUCAACGGAAAAUUUAAGGUCGCUGUCAAAGGACACACGGGAAAAAUUAUCGAUGAAGUACACCGAAUGAAAGGUCAGGUUGAGGAAGAAAUUCGAAAACACCCACACGCCAGUGAAAUGGAAAAAAAUAAAUUUCGCAAGGAUAGUUAUGACAAGUUGGAUAAUGAGCUAAAUGAGAUUUAUCAAAAUGUCACAGCGAGUAUUCCAUUCGCGAUUGAUCCGGCGAAAUUUGGUGUUCAUGUCAACAAUGAUAAUGUUGUAGCAGCGUCUCACAAGUUUAGAUUUGAUGGCAGCCGAUGGAAUUAUGGAAAAAUUCCGGAAACGGAAAUCAACCUUGCCAAUUUUAGGAUGAACAUAGGCACAUCUUUUCUACUAUCGAAAUCAGACAAAAAUGAAACAUUUAAACUACAUGACAGAAAUGAAAAAUUGGUUUGGGAUUUGAACACACCUUACGGCGACGAUCUUUUACUGUCCUAUCCAGCGUUCAUUGGUGUACAGAAGAAUAAAUCGGCUGAAAUUUUCACUUUCGUCAACAGAAAAGUACAUCAACUACCAGACGGAGAAUUUCUCAGCAGAUUGAGUAACCCUUUGGCGAUUGUAACCAUUAAUGGUGACCAUAAGUCAGCAACCGUUAGAUCAUUGAAGUCGUUUACCAACUACCACCAGAGCGUGAUUGCAAAGCAGGAAUUAUUCCACAGUGACACAGAUAUUCAUACCACCGUUUUCGAAUAUGAUUCAAAUAGGGUAGUACCUUUUUCCGAUGGAUUCGCUUUUUCAAAGUCGAAGAUCAUUCCUGACGGUAAAUCUCAAAAAUACGGUUGGUAUGAAGAUGCAUUCAACUUGAUAGAAAUGAAGAACAGUUCUAAAACUGUUCACAACUCAAAAGGUGUCAUUGUGAAGGUCAUUAAAGCAACCGAAAACGAACCACAAAAGAUUUUUGACAACGACAAAAUUAUGACAGACAAAAUGGGAAGAUUUGAGAUUGUGGAUUUUAGGCCUUACCGAAUAUCGUAUGAAGUGGUUUCAUAUUAUGGAUUUGAACCAUAUGAAGUCAAUCGCAUAGGAUCGAAUAAAAACUGGAUAUUCGAAAACAAUAUGAUAACGGAACAAAACUCCAACCAUUUUCUUCGGUUGGAACCAGGCUCUUCACUAGAAGGUCAUUUCAAACCAACAAUGAAUGAGUUAGCCUUCUUAUUCUCCUGCUGGAUUCGUACAAACCAAACUUCGUUCAACCCGGAUAUCGUACACUUGAAAGUAGUUAAUCACGAAGGGAAACUACUGCAUCGGUCCAAAGGAACAAUUAAAAAUCAAAUCACUGAUUGGCAGUAUGUGGAAGCAAUCUAUAACAGUGGGUCAGGACAGAGAGGUAUUGGCAUAGAUGUCAAAUUAACUAAUCCUUCUUCAACCAGUGUGGAUGUAGAUCACCUUCGGUUGACACCGCUUGAUUUUUAUUUCCAAGCGAACAUUCUGGAGCCUCACAAUGGAAAAGUAAGAGCAGUUUUGAAAAAUUCCGGAAUGUUAGAUCAGAAGCUACUGGAUCCCUUUGGAAAUGAAAUUGGGCGUGUUUCUGAGAAAGGAGCAUUGGAUUUAUUUAUUAUGAAAUCACAGAAUUGUGCUUUAUCGAAGAACAAAAAUCUGAAUUCACGGGUUGAGAUGCGUCCCAUGUUGGGGGAAAUCGACUCCGUUGUGAAUAGUCAUAACGUCAUCAAAUCACUCAAAUACAAACCUAAAGUUUUUAGUUUACGAUUUUUAUAUAAACUAACUGGUUCAGGCAAUAUUGUUGCUACUCUGGACCAGUUGAAUAUCACGAUCAUUCGGAAUUCGGAUCAAACUAAAUUAAAUGUCAACAACUAUGAACAGCAGAUAAUCGAUUCUGAAGGUGAAGUAACUGCAUUAUUGUUGCCAACCAAGCUUGUUGUGUGGGUACAGGGACACUUGAUUAUGGAAAAACUGUUCACCACAUCAUUUCAAAAUACGGCAAAAGUAGAUCUUAGAACAACGGGACAAGCAUUUAUUUCAGAAGUUCUGUACAUGUAUGAUCCAAGCAUUAAAGUUUUCUACUUAAACAAGUUAGGGCUUCUCACUCAGGAAGUAGCCCUCAAGAAUCAAGAUACAAUAAACGUUCGACACAUUGUGUACGACGCAAUCGAUCGACCAGUUCUGAAAACCAAAUGGAUCGCACUUCAACCUGGUGCCAACUCGUUUUUCAAAUUUAAUCCAAGAGUUAUCACUAACCUUGACAAUAUAUUGACAAACCGAAAAGCUGAAGGCCUGGCAAACGAUAUGAAUCCUGAGUGUCAAGGAGUGCCAUUCGCCUGGACAUCUUAUCGAGAUGACCCCUUGGAAGUGAAAAUCGCAUCUGGACUUCCUGGUAAGGAUUUCUCUGUUGAUGGCCAGUAUAGCACCAAAUUUGGUACAAAUCUAAACCUUCCUGUAUUGAAGGUUCUUUUCCCACAAUCGCUGGGAUACAACUAUGAAUUCGAGCUAAACUCCGGUGGAUUGUUAGCGGUUCAAGUUUUCGAUCAACGCAAAAAUAAGGUGGCAGAGUUGGUGAAGGUAGUGAAUCAUGAUCACCGCUUAACGACUUUCGAAUACGAUGACCAGAAUCGAUUGCUGUGCGAACUUCCUCCAAUGUACCAUCACAAAGUCAAGACGUUUUCCAAACCGGUUCCUUUCAAACAACACAAUUUGUCACCAGAAGAAGCCUUGUUAAAAGACUUAUGGGGUAAACAAUAUAAAUAUGACACUCAAGGAAGAUUGAUAGAAAAAGUAACCCCAGAUUCUGGAAAACAAGAAUUUAUCUACACUGAUGAUGGACUACUCAGAUUUUUAGUUCAGAAUGAUCACGAGUCUAUUCAGAACACAAUUUAUUAUACCUACAGGUAUGAUGGUAAAAUCGUUGAACGAGGUUUAGUUGACAUACCAAGGACCAAGUUGCAUGAGUAUCUGCCGAACAAUGCAACGCUUCCGAAAUCAGAGAAUUAUGUGUUGUUUGAUUAUGGAGAAAAUGAAGUUUUGCCGAUGCAUCGAAAUUUGAUGCAAAAAUCUAGGAAAGUGUCAAACGGUGUAACCGUGACAGAAGCUUUGCUGUUCGAUGGAAGACAACAACUUAUUAACCAGAUCUUUGUAUCGCAAAACAAUUCAUUAUCCUUCAACUACAAGUUCCGUAAUGAUAAAAUCUACGAAAUUGAAUAUCCGUUCUUCGUGGGUGGCAAGCAGUUGAAAACGUAUUAUGAUUAUAAUCUAAACGAAAAAAUAAGUGCAGUUAGAAUUGGAAACCGCAUUAUUGCAAGUCUGGAUUACACCCCUUCGGGAAAUAUCAAAGAAAUGCAGUUUGAACCACAAAGCAAAUUUUCAUACAAACGCUUGUUUGUUUACAAUGAACCUGGAUAUUUAUCGUCCAUCAAGGAUAAAUUUUUAAGUGAAACAAUCGACUACAUUUCCAACAGUUAUGGGGGACAAUCGUUUGGUGAUGGAACCGUAUCUGCUACAAAAUUCAAUGCCACAUGGCAUGAACAUAGCGACAUGAGCCGAAUUAAACUUAAAUGGCAAAGUUUCUUGGCAAACGAAACAUCAAUAGAACAAGCCCAUUUAUGCUACGACACGCUUCAAAAGCUUGGAUAUUUUGACAAUUGGAAUCGACCAAUGAAAUCCUUCUAUCCAUCCUCCGAGUUACAAAUGCCUCUAGUUUGCAACACGGGAAGUAGGGCCAAUCACAUUUCUUCGAUUAUUGCUACAAAGGGAUUUCCAUUGAUUUAUGGCCAUCGCUAUGAUUAUGAGAAUCAUAAGCAGCUCGUAAAAGCCAAAUAUUUCCAAAAUUCAGCAGAAAUGAGCUUCGAUCCCCUGACACAGCUUACGUUUAGCAAACACAUUAGAGGAAUUGACGCUAGCGAAUCUCGAAACAUUUGGAAUGCAUUGACGAGUGGAGGUUUCAUUAUAACCGACUGCAGUAAUAGUAAGGUAUGCCAUGCUGUUCAAGGAAAGUCUUUGUUCCAUCCGGUUAUCGCAAAUCACAUUAACGUGGCCUCUUUGGAAGUUCUUUUUGUCAAUGGUGUCAAGUCUCGCAAAGAUAUUCCGGAGCAAAUAUUUCUGGUAGUCUGCCAAAUUUGGCACAAACAUGAUCCACAAAAUCAGAACCAACUUUGCUCAGGUGUUUGGAAAGAACUAUUGUCCAACAAUUUGGUUGGAAGCAGAUCAGAAAAGUCCAUUAAGGCUUUAAAUCCAGAAUUAAAAAUGGUACUCAAAAAUUAUUCCCGUCAUUUGGGAGAUAUUGUUGGGUUGCUGCAUGAUCGCUUCACCUAUGCUCUUGGAAAUUCUGCAGGUGAUAUUCAGUCGUACGACAUAGAUCCAAAUGGGAAUCACGUACAUUUUUACACAGGCUUCAAACGAUAUCGGUUAGAGUAUGUGGAAAACACCAACAAGGUAUCGAAGGUGUUCUGUACUGACCUUAAGACUGAAGAUAUGCGUGAAGUUGAGUUUUCUAUGGAUCAUGAUUCCGAAGGGAAUGUAACCAAAGCAUUGCAUAAAGCGAUCAGCAAAAUUGUCUAUGAUCCUCUGUUGAAGCGAGCCGUUGAAAUCAAAAUGGUUGAUGGUAGAACAUUGACGUUUCAAUACGAUGUACGUGGUGAGAGAAUAUUCAAGCAAGUUAGAGACAAAACCGGUAAUAUUCUCAAUGAGAAAUACUACAUACGGGAUGUAAAGGGAAGGUGUCUCGUUGAUUACGAGUUGACGUAUUUGCAAAAUGGUCAAGAUCCCCAUGUUCGAGGCACUGGUUACAUUUUCGCAGAAGAUGCUUUGGUUGGAUUCAUUCGCAAUGAUCAGUUCUAUAGUGUUUUCAGUGAUCACGAAGGUUCGGUUCGGCUUGUUAUCAAAGAUGGCGAAGUUGUUGCAGCGUACGACUAUCUACCUUAUGGACAGCUACUCCGACAGUAUAACACUGAUCCCGAUGGAUCAAUCGCUUAUCUGUACACUGGCCAGGAAUGGGAUGAAGAGAUUGGACUGUUCAAUUUUCAUGCUCGAUUAUACGAUCCGGAGAUCGGUCGUUUUUAUCAAACUGAUCCUAAAGAACAAUAUCCCAGUCCUUAUGUGUACGCUGGAAACUCUCCUAUCUCCCUGGUGGAUCCUGACGGGCAGUUUGCAUUUCUAGCAGUUAUAGCAUUUGCAGCUGUUGGCGGGUAUCUUGGAGCAUCAGCUGCAAACAAUUCAUUCAACCCUACGAAAUGGAAAUUGAUGCCAUCAUUGAUAGGCGGUGUGAUGGGUGGAAUACUAGGGGGAUUGGCUCCAGCUGGAAUUGGAGCCUCUUUUGCAUUUUUAACGACUACAGUGGGUCUGUCAGGAGCAGUGGCGGGGGGACUCAUUGCCACUACUUCAGUAGGAUUUGCAUUCUUAAGUGGAGCUUCAGCUAACGGAAACUGGAAUCCUGCAGAAUGGAACUGGUCCAGUCCUGCAACUUGGAAUUCCUUGUUCUCGGGUAGUAUAACAGGAGCUACGCUGUUUGCUGGUUUCGGCAAGGUCCACGCGAAAUUCAUAUCUUUGAGUGGGUUAACUGAUAAGAUGAUUUUUGUCGGCAUUGUAACUAGUAGUACUGCUGGCGUUGCUCUAUUUGCGGGUUCAGCAGCCAAUGACUGGAACUUGAGUUUCUGGGAGUGGGAUUGGAAAAAUCCCGAUACCAUUUGGAAGGUAACCAUGGGCGCAAGCUUCGGAAUGUCCGUUUCGCCAGAUUUGCACAAAAUCCAAACACAAGUGACGCAGAAUGUGAAAGAUUUCAGAACUCUUGUCAGCAGUCUGAAGGCUGGUAACAUGGAAUCGCUAGUAUCUGAUGCAAAAGUCUAUUUCAUAGAGUCAACCGAACUAUUUCUGUCGAUUAAAAGUACAUUCAAGGAUUUGGCUAAAUAUGUACAACGACCAGGAGGUGCUGCACUGGCGCAAACGAUUGCCACUAGUAAGAAAACUAGCUCCAACGGUGUGAUCGCAACCAUUAAGUCUGUUUUAUUUGAAGCUUCCAAGGUUGUACCAAUUGGGAAUUUAACUGGUGAUCUGAUUGAAUCACUUGGCGACUUAGAACGGCUAGAGGGCCGAGAAGGCCUACGGCGAAAGAGAGAUGUAAACUGUUGUCAACUACAGCUUGUGCGUCCUCUAAUGGUUACCGAGCAACCACAUCUUUUGAGUUCGAGUGCUACAGUGAAGCUGUCACUAUUCAGUGAUGUUUUCAGAUAUUUGAACACCUAUUUCAAACCCCGGGUCGAUUCGUCGCAACCCGAAGCUCCCUUUACUGAUGUGGGUUUUCUAAAAAUGCCACAAAAGUUAUAUAAUUCGAUCACACUGAACAAUUGUUACCAUUUCAAAAUGGAAGAUCAAUCCACACGUGUGCGAUGCUACGGCUUGGACUCGCAGUAUGAUAUUUUCCCAACAUUGGAAUCCGACAGCAACCUGGUCGCUGACUUCUAUUCCAGCUGUUCGCCAAUCGAACACGUUGGUCAACCCUCUGUGGUGUGCUAUGGUGAGAGCUCAAAUCUAAUAUUUACACCAAAACCUUCGAUCAACAUUCUAGACGUUUUCAAUGGGUGGUUAAUGUUAGCUUUGGUAACUCCAACGGCAGUUAAAACGAUAAAACGAAGUGCGCGAGCGAUUUUCUCUUCAACGGCUGCAAAAACUCUGCCCGCAGUCUCAGCAAAUAGAAAGGAAAUCGAUGUUUUGAGACAUAAAAUGCAUGAUAUGGAUAAGAAGAUGCUUCAAGCAAAAUCCCGCAUUCGAGAUAUAAAAUGGAUAACGCACAUUAUGGAAGAUCUUGCCGACGAUGUUGAGAAGUUUUCGAAAAAUUCUUUUUUGAUCGAUUUUAAUGAAUUGAUUGAUCGUAUUGGAGCGUUAGAUGAAGAACUUAUUGAAUUGAUUGGUUUUUCGGACAUUUGUUCGAAUAGUUGCAGUUUUGUAGGCUUACCUGUUACAUUAUCUAACGCAAAUGUAGGAAAUAAUUUACAAAGUGUAGAUUUAUCAUCCAAUAGAUUGAAUAUUGAGCAGGUGUUGCAAAAAAAUAUGAUAUACUGAUUCAAGAGGCAAAAGGAAGGUUGGUUGGUUAUCUAUAUUAAUUAAGAAGAUAAGGCAAAAGGAAGCAAGAAACAAAAGAAAUCCAAAAGUAACUAAGCAACUGGAUUUUUCAAUUACACGGGAUCGCAAGAUCUCGCUGGCGUAGAAUAGCAUGAGAUGAUUUUUUGUAUGAAGCUUAAGUUUUAACUAUGGAUUAGAUUCGAUUUUACAUGCGAUUCCCUAGCCGUGUAUGGAGAAAAGAAAUCAACAUUGCAUGAAGAUAUACACAGGCAAAACAAUAUCAUUAAGACCUAUGAAAAUAAGUAAAUUCAAGUAUGAUGAAUGAAUAAAACCUUUACUCUGUUUACUCGACUGUUGAUUCGAAAAUCAUAUUAUAUUAUCUACACACUAUCUCAAGUGUAACAUUAGUUAUUUCAAGCUUAUUAAUUGAGAGUUUUUGGAGUGGAUUGAUUAUUUUCCUUUUCAAUUCCGCAAAUCCCAUAUCAAUAAAAUAUAAUAUACAGUAAUUACCCGAUUUUGUCUUUUUGCACCAAAUAUCUUGAAGAUGAAUGAGUAAUAUUUGGGUAACUCCAUGUUAUGUUAAAUUAUUGAUAGAUCAAAGUCUGACGCUUAAAAUAAGGUCAUUGCUGU